AUGGAGGUGGUAUUUGAAGUUAACGCAGGCUGUGGAGUGAUCAUCAGUAAAGAUCAACAUUCAAACAUCAAAGAUGUACCAGGACAUAAGUUGGCUAACGUAUUGGAGAGACAAUCCGAGGUGUUCAAAGAAGAGUUGGGUCCACUGCUGGAGAGAGAACUCCAGAGGCUGGUGGAAGACAAGAUCAUUGAACCAAUGCAGUUUUCAGACGAUGAAGAAUCCAUUAAGGUGUACGUCCGUGUGCGACCUUUGACCCAAGGCCGGCUGAGGACAGACGGAGAACAGGAUUUAUGUUUGACGGUGACCCCGGAUCAUACGCUGCGUCUGAACUCCAAACCCAAGCCGCGAAACUUCACCUACGAUCACGUGGCGGACAUGGACGUGACUCAGGAAUACAUGUUCUCCUUAGUCGCUAAAAUAUCGUGGAGUCGUGCACGCAUGGUUAAAAUGGCACGAUAUUCGCAUAUGGACAGACGGGUUCAGGGAAGACCUUUACCAUGCUGGGGCCGAACGAGCUGACGGAUUUCUCUGAUCAGCUGCGUGAUGUUAUUCCUCAUAGCAUUGAGCAUUUGUAAUCCCUCAUGAGCAGAGUGGGGGCGGAGGUGAGCUGUUACAUUCAACCUCACAUCAAACACGCUACCUGCACCACCCUCCUGUCUGUAGACACGGCAGCAGACCUGCCCACUUGUCAAUAAGCCCACCCACUCGUCCACAGACCGCCCGCUCGUCAAUAAGCCCACCCACUCGUCCACAGACCACCCGCUCAUCAAUAAGCCCACCAACUCGUCCACAGACCACCCGCUCGUCAAUAAGCCCACCCACUCAUCCACAGACUGCCCGCUCGUCAAUAAGCCCACCCACUCGUCCACAGACCCACCUGCUCUUCAAUAAGCCCGCCCACUUGUACAUAGACUCACCCCAGUCAUCACUGAGGUCACCUCUGUGUUUUAAAUUGUGCACCGCUUAGAUUAAAAGUGCAUUAUGGGUAAUCUUCAUUUUCUAUGGUACAUCAUUUGACACUAAUCUGUAGCAGUGCAUUUUGGGAUUUUAUCAGCCGGAUGUUCUGGUCACAUUACACAAUAUUGUAAGUUUGUGUGUGUGUGCGUGUGUGUGUGCGUGUGUGCGCGCACGUGCAGUCUGCAGUAGGAAAGAGCUUCUGUGUAAAUGCUCCUUCAUCAAGAUCUACGAAGAGAAGCUCUUUGACCUCCUGGGCAGCGCCUCAGUGAGUCUGGUCCUCAGAGAGGACAUUGAGAAAGGAGUCUUUGUGGAAGGAGUGGUGGAGAAAUACGUGGCUUCAGCCACAGAUGCC